CACCAUUUGCAGGAAGUGUCAAGUUGACAACAAACCAUCAAGCAAUGUGUGCAGAUGUUUCCUAAUUUUUGUUCGAGACAACUGGGAAGCAAAUGUGAACUCCAGUUCCAAAGGUGGAAAACCAAGCAGACUCGACCAGGAUUCUGAGGGCUUCAACCGAGGACGACCAACCAACACCUGACGUCUGAUGAAGCUAACGCCGCAGCUCACUGGAAUGCUGAGGGACAGCUAACAGCUGGUACUGGAGUCCACAGUGACACCGGGAGCACAUGAUGGAAGACAGCGGAUGACAAUGGAAUCAGUCCAGGGAGGCAGAUAAAACCGGGGGGAAAUGGGAAAAGACCGGGACCUGGAAGUUUUGGAAACCCUUGUCACCCUGAAUACACAAGGAUCAUGCUGGGACACGUGGGACGGCUUCACAUGAGCUGCCUCCAGCUGUGAAGAACGUAAUUGCUUUCCUCAACAAAAGGCGUUUAACUUCAGAACCCUCUGCAGAUCUGGAUGCCCUUCGAGACCGUCACGUCUGUAUGUUGGCGAGCGAGGUUGUUACUGGACACGUGUCGCUGCUGCUGGUCUUCAUGAAGACUCAUCUACACUGAGACUCCUUGAACCAUGAACUUCAACAGAGAGCUGACUCGUCGGAACAGCUGUUACACAUACGUGGUUGAAGAAGAAGAUCCAACCCUGGCCAGCCUGAAUGUGUUUGAGUUGGCUGAGAAGGGUGACCUGGCUCUGCUGCAGAGCCUGGCCAGGAAGAACCCUGAGGUCCUUAGAGAGAGAGAUGAAUGUGGAGCGGGCCUCCUUCAUCACGCUGCUGCGGGGGGCCACGCCACUCUCAUCCAAUUCAUCACCACCGUCCUCGACUCACAGGCUAAGUACAUUCCAGCCAUUGAUCAUCAUGUGCAGUCCAUCACAGAGCUGAACAGCUGUGAUGAUCAGGGAAGCGUGGCCCUUCACUGGGCGGUGGAGUGGAACAAGGAACCGAGCCUCAGGGCUCUUAUGGACCUAGGGGCCAACCCCAACAUUCUGAACAAGGCCCUCAUGUCUCCCCUACACCUGGCUGUCAGCCAUGGACACGAUAACCUGGUGGAGCUGUUACUGUCCUACAGUUCCACAGACAGUAAUCUGGAGGGAGACCUGGGGAACACUCCUGUGAUCCUGGCCUGCUCCAUCAACAACUGUCAGGCUCUCAAUAUAUUGCUGAAGCACGGAGCGAUGCUCUGCCAUCAAAACAAGCUGGGCCAUUUCCCCAUCCACGCUGCUGCGUUCGCAGGUGCAAAGAAAGCCAUGGAGGUGAUCCUGAAGGCCGGAGAGGAGGCCGGUCACUCACUCACUGGACACAUUAACUACAUAGAUAAAUCAAGGAGCAGCCCCCUCCACCUGGCUGUCCGCGGAGGGAACCUUGAAACCAUCCGCCUUUGCAUUGCUACGGGAGCCAAAAUUGACCAACAACAGAAUGACAAGUCCACUCCUUUACACCUGGCCUGCACCCAGGGAGCCACUGAAGUAGUCAAACUGAUGCUCUCCUCCGUCGACCAAGUGGAAGACAUCAUCAAUCUGACUGACGGAGCGCGUCAGACCCCUCUGCACAGGGCUACAAUAUUUGACCACGUGGAGCUGGCAGAGAACCUCAUUUCUUUGGGUGCCGAUCUGAGCAGCACAGACUGUAAGGGAUACACACCGUUGCUGUUGGCCGCCAGCUGUGGAGCAUGGAGAACUUUGUCUCUGUUGCUGUCCAAAGGGGCAAAUCCAAAUGUGAGAGACCUGAGUGGCUGUAACUUCCUUCACCUGGUCAUCCUGCAGCCCAAAGGUCUGAAGAACCUCCCAGAAGAAGUUUUUCAGAAUAACAGUGUCAAAGACCUGCUGAGCUGUGAGGACAACGACGGCUGCACCCCGCUCCACUACGCCUGCAGACUGGGAAUCCACGAGUCGGUGAAGAACAUGCUUGGUCUCUCGGGGGACAUCGGCCUUGCAUGCAAGUCCAAGGACAAGAAGUCUGUCUUGCACUUUGCAGCUCAGUAUGGACGAAUCAACACAUGCCACAGGCUGCUGGAGAGCAUCACAGAUUCUCGCCUGCUGAAUGAGGGUGAUGAGCGAGGUCUGACACCACUUCAUUUGGCCUCCAGGGCGGGACAUACCAAGGUGGUGCAGUUGCUGCUGCGCAAAGGAGCGCUCUUUCACAGUGAUUAUAGAGGCUGGACUUGUCUGCACCACGCUGCAUCAGAGGGAUACACACAAACUAUGGACAUUGUCCUGUCAGCCAAUCCCAAGCUAAUGGAUAAAACAGACGAGGACGGGAACACUGCACUCCACAUCGGAGCAAAGGAGGGACAUGCUGCUGCAGUCAAGCUAAUGUUGGCCCGCGGAGCAAUGAUUGUCUUAAACAAGAAUGAAACCUCAUUUCUCCACGAGGCCGUGCAGAAUGGGAGAAAAGAUGUGGUCAACGCUGUCAUUGACAGUGAUAGGUGUCCCGAGGCUGUGGCUUGUUUCAAAGGGGAUUCACAUCAGAAAUGUCCCAUUUUGGACAUGAUUGAGUUUCUUCCAGAGAGCUUCAAGUACUUGCUGGACCACUGUGUUAGGGAGUCUGAAGAUGACCACAACAGUCCAAACUACCAUAUUGAAUAUAGUUUCAGAUGGCUCCAACCUCCUAUUACACUGAAGAGGGAAAAUGGCAAAAAUCUGUUCAAGCCACUGGCUGCACUCAAUGCGAUGGUAAAGUACAACCGGUUGGAACUGCUCAACCACCCGGUCUGCAAAAAGUAUCUGCACAUGAAAUGGGUUGCAUAUGGAAUAAAAGCUCACAUAAUGAACAUGUUGAUGUACAUGUUAGGCGUUGUACCCCUGACCCACCUGAUCGUGACUCUGAGGCCCUCGUUUAACACCACAGAAACAGGGGAGCACGUUGUCCACAUGGUGCCCAUUUCUUUCAAAGAGCAAAGCCUGUCCCUGUCCCUCAGCAUAAUCCUGGUCAUUGUCAUGAACAUCUUCUGCAUCGCAAAGGAAAUGGUGCAGAUAUCACAGCAGCGCUGGACUUACUUUAGAGAUUCCACCAACUCCUCUGACUGGUUCACAGCUGUCACUUCUCUCCUUUUCAUCAUCCCUUCCAUAUUGAAUGUAGAAGGAUCCUUACACUGGCAGGCAGGGGCGUUGGCAGUUCUGAACGCAUGGGUUGGAUUUCUCCUUUACCUUCAGAGGUUUGAGGGUGUUGGCAUCUAUAUUGUGAUGUUUGGGGAGAUCCUACGUACACUGUUACGCAUCGUGUUCAUGUUCAUGUACCUCAUGUUAGCCUUUGCACUGGCCUUCCAUGCUUUGAUGCUUAACCAGAGAGAGUUUGACAGCGUGCCUCUGUCACUGGCGCAGACCUUUGUGAUGAUGGUUGGUGAACUCAACUACCAGAGCAACUUUCUGGACCCUUAUCUACGCAACCAGCUGCCAUUUGGUCCACUGACCUACUAUGUUUUUGCUCAUUUUGUGAUGCUGAUGCCAAUACUGCUGGUGAACCUGAUGAUUGGUUUAGCAGUUGGAGACAUCGCUGAAGUGCAAAGAAAUGCUGCGUUGAAAAGAAUAGCCAUGCAGAUUGAUCUUCACACAGCCCUGGAGGAUAAGCUCCCUUAUUGGUUCAUGAAACGAGUUGACAAAUACUCCACCGUGGUUUACCCCAACCGCAAGUGCACAAGGAGCUUCAUAUCGCAAUGGAUUCUUGGUGUUGAGAAAAAGACGGAAAUCUGGGGUCGUGUAAAAGCCAAAUCACAGGCCUGCACUAUGUUGGAGAAUGAGCUGAAGAAGCAAAAGUCCAGGAUGAAGGAGAUGUCCAGCAUGCUGGAGAAGCAGCACAGCCUGCUGAAGCUCAUCAUCCAGAAGAUGGAGAUCACCUCAGAGGCUGAGGAGUACGACGGUCCGGUGAACCUCAAGGGCAACUCCUGGAAGAGUCUGGUUCAACCGCAGCCGAGAAGUGCAUCCAAAUGGUUCCCACUGAUAAAGGCCAUAGGGUCCAGGAGAAAAUGUUGAGGAUGAGUUAUAUAUUAUAUAUAUAUAUAUGACAUUAAUAUAUAUGUGAAAGAAGUUAAAAACGUGUGUGUUGUUAGGCAUUAUGGCAUGAGCUCUUUGUAAGUUUAUUUGUUAUACAGUAGCCAUGAUGAGGUGGCCUUACUUUGUCUGCAGCUGAGUACGUAUUGGUGUUGAAGUGCAGUAGUAGAGUACAAACACAAACAUGUCGAGUUAGUUGUUGUGGAAGUAAACAAUAAGAUGUGAAGAUACCGUGAAAUACUAAUAUUGUCUUGUUGGGUUUAAUAUAGUUCCAUGUGUGACCAGUUGAUGAUUAUAACUGUUAAUCAUAAAUAUUAUAUACAGUAUAUAUGUAUUGUUUGUUUUUCUUCUGCAAACUUGUGUAAAAACACAUGGUUCUAAAACCGUGGCACCUGUGGACAAGAUGUACUUCUAAAAUAAAUAAAAACACUAAUUCUGGAUAAAAAUAAAAAUAAUUAAUGACACUAUUCUUAAAGGAAAACUGUUAAAGAGAUCUAUGGUUGGAGUCUGUAAAACGCUUCUUGCAAUCUGCUGCUAAAUAAAAAAUAUAUAUAAAUAUAUAUAUGACAUACAGUAUAUGUAUAUAUAUUACUUUGCUUUGCUUUGUUUUUUAUGUUGUUGCUAAUUUUAGUUUGUAUUUGCAAUAUAUUGUACAUUGUUGUUUGUUUUUUAUAAAAAUCCAAUAAGCAUGCAAAUUACAGUUUUCACACAAAAGUUUUAAAUGAUA